AUGAAAAAAAGCCAAGUGAUAAGGCCUAACUCCAAUCAUAAAAAUGAUAUAAAGAAUAAUCAAAUCUACAUUCCAAAGGUCUCAAGCAUGAUAAUUUCAGAAAAGAUAAUGUAGAAUUUACUUAGAACGACUUCUGGUAAUCCACUACCAAAAAAUUCACCUAACUAAAAUAUGAGUCCUACUAAAAAGAACUAUAUAUAAAGUCCUAUUAAGAAUUAAAAGAAUGUUUAACAUUCAAAUUCUCUCAAUAGUUAAAUUAAUUAUGUCGUCACAAAUUCAAUCAGGUAUUAAAACCCUUCAAAUAAAUCUUAUUUGUCAAAUAGUUUUACUAAAAUUCCUACUAAAAGUGGGUAGAGAGUAUGCUAAAUCAUAACAAAAACUAUGAACUUAUCUUCAUUGAUAAAAUAUGAUCAAAAUUCUAUCCCUUUGCAUAAACUAAUUACUAAAAUGAAAAAUAAAGGUAAAGAUAAAAGAUCGAUAUCUUAAUUGCCUACAAUGUCAACAGAAAGAGUAGUUCAAGAAUCAGAGAGAUAACAACAAAAGAGGAAAAAAUCAGUUCGAUUUCAUGAUAAAGUAGAAUAUCUUGUAAUAGGAUGUUCAAAAGGAAUUGAAGAAUACAAGUAUAAGUUCUUUGAACCUCUGGAUCAAGAAUCUGUACAUUUAUGA